AUGCCCUCUCACAUAGGGCUGGAAGUGAUCUCCUACGUGCCGCUGGCAACCGCUAUGGAGCUCAGUGAGGAUGGCCCGGCCAACGUGCUUGGUCACAGUAAAGCCCUGCUUUCCUGCAAGCUCCCCAUACUUCCACCGGUGUUCCGGUCGGAUCGAGAGUACGUCCUAGGAUCUGGCGUGUCUCUGGAUGCUGCCCGAUCCAGAGGGACAGAAGCUGAUGCAACGCCGCAGCCCCGGAAAAAUCCAGAAAAGCGGGCUGGGCAAGACUACGGGAAAAGGAGGCGGCGCUCGGAGACUCGGUGUCAUUCCGCCUCCUCCUCGGUCGGGGAGCGCUUCGCUCUUGCAACACAGCCCGCCCGAAGGGAACAAGAACCCGGUGGGAAGGGAACCCUUUUGCUUCGCCAGAGAAGGGUACGAGGGCGGGAAAAAGGAGGCGAGGCAGACGGAGAGCGCCGAGCGAGGGCGCCAGACGAUUGCAGAAGGGGCGGCUCCAAUCGGCGAGCGCUCCCGUCGGCGCCUUUUAAACAGCGACACCCGCCCGCCGCUUCCUUGUCUGUGCACCCGGGGACCCGCUCGGUGGGCGCAGCAGCCGCUUCCACGCGCCUCCCGCUUUCUCCUCUGUCAGGAUCCCGCGCCCGUCCGCAAACGAUGCCCCGUUACGAGCUGGCUUUGAUCCUGAAAGCCAUGCAAAGGCCUGAGGUAGCAGCAACACUGAAGCGCACAGUGGAAGCUUUGAUGGAGAGAGGAGCCGUGGUGAGGAAUUUGGAAAACCUGGGAGAGAGGACCCUGCCAUAUAAAAUCUCAAAACAUAAUCAACGCCACACAAGAGGAGGGUAUUUUUUGAUAGACUUCAUUUCCCCACCAGCAGCUGUUUCAGACGUGUUGGAGCGUUUGGGACGUGACAUUGAUGUAAUCAGGUCUUCUGUUUUGAAACAUCAGGAGAUGAAGACUGAAGAAUGUAUGGGUAUAAUCCCAGUCAACUAUGAAGAUAUGCUGAAUACAAAGAAGAAAUAAAGAGCUAAAAGCCA